ACUACUCUUUUCUGAAGAAAUACCUGAAAAAGGAGCGUCGUACUCGUGGCUUAAAUAAUUUUUGCAUUAUUCUCAAUAACCACGCCAGCUCAGUCUUCAAUGUUCUGUGGCAGCGCUCUAAAAUUUCUCGGGAGUAGCAUGGGACAGUAAUGUACUAAUGUGGAGAAAGAUGAGACGAGGGAGAAGGAAGGAGAAGGAAAUGAUGCGGCUAUGGGUUUUGCCGGUCUGCAUUUGGUUUUGGACUCUGGUCUUGGCUAAUGGCUUCACCGACCCAGCGGAUGUAUCGGCUCUCAAUGCCUUGUAUGUUAGCAUGAAUUCGGCUCCUCAACUUACUGGCUGGACUGCAAAUGGUGGUGAUCCCUGUGGGCAGGUCUGGAAAGGGAUUACAUGCUCGGGUACAGCAGUUACAGAAAUCAAACUACCAGGCAUGCAAAUUUCUGGGGCGUUGGGCUACUCGUUGAACACUAUGAUCUCAUUGAUAGAGCUUGAUGUGAGCAAUAAUAAUCUUGGUGGUGGAGGCCUGAUACCAUAUGAUCUUCCUCCAAAUUUGCAGAGACUAAGCCUUUCUGGUAAUACAUUUAAUGGAGGGAUCCCCUAUUCUAUUUCCCUCAUGGUUUCUCUUAAGUAUUUAGAACUUAAUCACAAUCAACUACAUGGAAGUUUGGAUGACAUGUUUGUUAAACUUUCCAACCUCACCACACUGGACCUGUCAUUUAAUUCAUUCACGGGUGGUCUUCCAGAGAGUUUUAGCAAUCUAUCAAGUUUAAAGAUCUUACAUGUACAAAACAACCAGUUUACAGGUACCAUAGAUGUCAUUGCCAAUGUUCACCUCGAAGAUCUAAAUGUUGCUAAUAAUCAUUUCUCCGGAUGGAUUCCUGACCAGCUGAAGGGCAUUAACAGUCUUCAGAUCUAUGGUAACUCAUGGAGUGCGGGGCCUGCACCUCCACCGCCACCUUAUACACCUCCACCAUCCCGGCGAACUCACCCUGGCCAAAGAUCUGGUGGUGGUAACAGCCUACCUGAUGGUGUUACUUAUGGGAAAAGUUCAGGUUUAGGAGGUGGGUUCAUAGCAGCAAUUGUUGUAGUUAUUUUAAUUAUUGGUGCAAUGAUGGCCUUCUUCUUGGUGAAGAGAAAAACUAGAAAUUCUUCAAGUGAAGAGAAGAUUGAACUGGAGCGCAGUUAUGCUCUCCCAUCUAAAGAAGUCAAACAGAUGAUACCCAACCACCCAUCCGAGUCAAUAAAUGCAGAAAUAUUGCACUCAGCUGAUCCAAUUUACCUUAAACCUCCUCCAAUUGCGCAGAAAAAGUCAUUUGAUAGUGAUGAUGAUCUCUCCAACCAGUCUACCAAGAAGAAAGCAAUUGUUGCUCCCAUUAAAGCUUUGUCUUACUCAGUAGCAGACCUACAGAUUGCCACAGGAAGCUUUAGCAUUGACAACCUAAUUGGCGAGGGGUCUAUUGGACGUGUCUAUCGAGCACAAGUAAAUGAUGGAAAGGUUCUAGCUGUGAAGAAGAUUAACUCAUCAGCUCUGCCCAGCCAAUCCUCUGAUGAAUUCUUGGAGGUGGUUUCAAUUAUUUCACGAUUACACCAUCCUAAUGUGACAGAGUUGGUAGGUUAUUGUUCUGAGCAUGGACAACACUUGCUGAUAUAUGAAUUCCACAAGAAUGGCUCUCUACAUGAUGUCCUUCACCACUUGGAUGAAUAUAGCAAUCCACUGAGUUGGGCAAACCGUGUUAAAAUUGCUCUUGGUACUGCACGUGCAUUGGAGUACCUGCAUGAAGUUUGCUCACCGUCAAUUCUCCAUAAAAAUCUUAAAUCAGCCAAUGUUUUACUUGAUGGGGAGCUUAAUCCUCACCUUUCAGAUUGUGGAUUGUCAAGUAUUGUCCCUACUUUGGAAUAUCAGGCACUUGAUCACAGUAUGGCUUCUGGAUAUAGUGCUCCGGAGGUGGCUAUGUCUGGCCAAUAUACUCUGAAAAGUGAUGUGUACAGCUUUGGAGUGAUAAUGCUUGAGCUCAUGACUGGUCGAAAGCCUUUUGACAGCUCGAGACAAAGAUUAGAACAAUCAUUGGCACGAUGGGCAGCUCCACAGCUCCAUGACAUUGAUGCACUGGACAAGAUGGUUGACCCAUCCCUAGAGGGACUUUAUCCUGCAAAAGCGCUCUCUAGGUUUGCUGAUGUAAUUGCUCUUUGUGUUCAGUCGGAGCCAGAAUUCAGGCCGCCCAUGUCGGAGGUUGUCCAAGCUUUAGUGCGCCUGGUGCAGAGGUCGAACAUGAGCAAGAGAACAUUUAGCAAAGAGAGAUUUGACGCAGCGGGAAGAUAUUAUGAUGAUGCACUAUUUCCACAAUAGAUUUCCUUUAUUCUGAUUGUUGUGCUUAUUUGCUUCUGUAUAUAGGAUUAAGCUUUCGAGCUGUUCAAGAUGGCAACAUUAAUGCACUCCUUUUAUGUUGCUACUACGUUCAUUUAACACUA